GUCACUCGACAAUGCUGGCUGUCUCUUUCUGACUUCAUUGUCCAACAUUGCUGAUUGAAAUUCUCUCCUCAAUGUAAGUGCACAUUUAGGGCCCCCGCAGACUGCAGACUUUCUAUCGGCCGAUAGUUUAGUCGGGUUGGGCUGCCAGUGCGCACGCCGAGCCAACUAAACAGUUUGGUUGGUGGAGAGUGCGCAUACUAGCCAACAGUCGGCCGAUGAUUCUUAAGCUAUUUACGAUUCACUAGUUUGUAUCUGACUGUUGAAGUAGCUGUCGCACAAUGAAAGUAAAUACAAUAUUGUCCAGAAAUGUUAUUAUUGCUCUGAUACAACGUAGGAGGAAAAUCAAGAAAAGAUUCCGAGAGUACUGGGUGCAUCCCAUUCUCAGUGAUAGAUUAGUUGCUGGAAAAUUUUACACAAUGCAUUCCAAAUUACUGGAUUAUCCGAGAAAAUUUUUUGAGCAUAACCAGCUUCAAUGAACUUGUCAAGCUAAUUGGACCAGCAAUAGCGAAGGAGGAUACAAAUUUAAGGCUUUCUAUACCUGUGGAGUAGAGAUUGAGCGUUACGAUAAGAUAUCUGGCUACUGGAGCUAGUUUCAAUACAUUAUCUUUUGAUUAUCUGAUGGGCGCUUCUACAAUACGAGACAUUACUAAAACUACAUGUGAGCAAAUAUGGAAUGUGCUUCAACCAUUGUAUAUGCCAAUCGAACAAGAAGGCGACUGGAUUAAAAUCGCAGACGAAUUCUAUAGUCGCACAAAUUUUCCAAACAUCAUUGGAGCGAUAGAUGGCAAACAUAUACGGAUGAUACAGCCAGAACAUUCCGAAACUCUCUACAGCUGUCCCAUGGAUAACUUGACUAUAAAUGAAAACAACCGAGGAAGAAAUAAUAUGAAUAACGUGCGACAGUACAUGUCGUCAUAUUUUAUUUCUCCUGGAGGCGCAAUUCCGUGUCAAUAUAACAAAGUGUAAUAAUGUAGUAAUUAAUGUAAUAACAAAUGUAAUAAGUAUUCAGCUACACCUACGUACAUAAAUAAAAAUUCACAUGAAGCGUUACGUACCUUUGUUUGUUCUGUCCUCGGCAUUAAGGUGAUUCCAACCAAGAACAACUGCUUCACAAACUUCCUCCCACAAUUUUUUCUUGAGAUUUGCGUCGGAGUACUCUUUUAAAGUUUUUUUAUAAAGCGCAGGUCUUUUCUCGACUUCUUCAAUCAACUGUACGAUGGACGUUUCUACAAUCAACGAUUGUGAAUUUGGCGAUGCCAUAUUAAAAAUAUACGCACGAAACGACUGUCCAACGCCAAUGGCCGGAGCGAACUGAGCCAUCGGCCGAUUGAACAAUCGUCGUGUGUGCGCACGUGGAAGUUAGCCAAUACUGAUUAAGCAGUCGGCCGACAGUUGGCCGACAGAUCAGUUUGAAGGAAAUCGGGAAGCCCAUCAAACUUUUUUAUCGGCCGAUACUGAAUCGUUGUAAUGUGCGCAUACGCAUAACUCUCCAUACUGAUUAACAAGCCGACCAAACUAUCGGCCGAUAGAAAGUCUGCAGUCUGCGGGGGCCCUUAUGAUGACUGCGCAAUUU